AUGGAGCUCAAAUCGAUGAAAGCAUUCCAGCCGCUGGACGAAUUCAGGGCCACGAAGGGAGUCUUAUCAUCGCUCUUCGUCGGUGCCGCAUCGACUGUGCUGACCACGAUUGCUUUCGUUGUUUUCAUGAUCAUCAACGCAAAGAGGACCAACGACUAUGUCGUGGACAUGAACAAUUGCACUUGCUCCUGCUUUGAUCGGCAGUUCAAGGGGCACCAUUUUCACGCUUCGAAGCAGUACCGUCACAUCUACUUCAAUCUCACGCCUAGUGCAGCGCUAGCGUUUUUGUGGUCGGCGGGACACUUCGUUCUGCUUUGGAUGUAUGUGAGCCGGGCUGUGUCGUGCUUGACGGUGACGCUACGAUACCGGAACCCUGACGCACCUGGUGCUUUGAGGUGGGGAGUCUUGGCCUUGGGCAGUGUCAGUCUGUACGGAUUGGUUUAUGGGUGGUGGGUUGUGUUCAACUACGUCAACGACGCUCAUUAUCUGUCGGAAACUGGUAGGGAAUCUUGUUCCCUCUAUCACACAACUCACUGA